ACUCUAUAGCUUUCUAUAAUUUCAAGAUGAUUUUUUUGUUGAGUUUUUUCAUUGUGGGAGUACUAAGUAGCAAUGGCGACCAACAGCCAAUAGUAGCUAGGAGUCCAACAUCUUUAACCGUUGAUGAUUCCUCUUCGUCUGCUAAUACUACUGGUGUUACUAGUACUACCACUACUGCUGCACCGUUACCCCCUCCUAAAACUGAUCCUCCUACAACACUACAACCUGACACUACUACCCAAGAUCCUAACAUCAAGCUGGAUGCAGAAGCAACGGAUAAGCUUCUACAUAUCCUCAGUUCCAGUGAGGGUAAAAUCGAUGGAAACAUUGAGUAUGCCGAAUGGAUUAGUAAAAUCCGUGCAGCCAGUAAAUUGGGGAAGGAUCGAGUGUAUGAUAAGAUUGUCACUGGCACUCGGUUUGAGGCCUACAUGGCCCGUCGUCAGGAGCUGGAACACGAUAUCCACGAACGCCUAGAUGAGCUUGAUUUGCUUAUACCAGACCAGGAGCGGGAUAGCAGAUGCUCAAAAUUCUAUCAGCAUCAAAAGAGACGUCUCAAAACAGCUCUAAGCCUCAGCAAUGAACAAAAAAAAACAAAUCUGAAGGAAAACUCCAUAAAAUGUUCGUAUAGGGAUGAUAAUGAUGAUGAAUAUUACGAUUAUCAAUCUGAUUCGCUUGAGGACUACUACUACGAUGAAGACUACUACCAGUGAACAAGUGGUAUAUUGGCCAGAGAAAGUUAUAUACGUAUAUACAUAUAUAAAAAUAAAGAAU